AGGAGUGGAGGAAGGAAGGGGCGCUUAGAGUCUGCUUUUGAGGUGACUCGGGUUAUGCCCUUUGAGGGAAGAGGAGAACUGUAGAAGAAAGAGUCAAAUGUUGACAGAGACCUACGGAUUCAGUACCAGUUUCAUGCUGUGGUCCCUCUAAGGAGGUCAGCAUAUGUUUUGUGCCCUGUUCUUUUAUCACAAAAAAAGAGAAGAAAGGCUGCAGUGAAUGAAGAUUCCUCUGCAUUUUAGCACUGCUUUUUCUACUGUAGUUGGCUUUUGAAUGAGGAUGACAAUGGAAGAGAUGAAGAAUGAAGCUGAGACCACUUCCAUGGUUUCUAUGCCCCUCUAUGCAGUCAUGUAUCCUGUGUUUAAUGAGCUAGAACGAGUAAAUCUGUCUGCAGCUCAGACACUGAGAGCAGCUUUCAUUAAGGCUGAAAAAGAAAAUCCAGGACUCACACAAGACAUCAUUAUGAAAAUUUUAGAGAAAAAAAGUGUAGAAGUCAACUUCACAGAGUCCCUUCUUCGAAUGGCAGCUGAUGAUGUAGAAGAGUAUAUGAUUGAACGACCGGAGCCAGAAUUCCAGGACCUAAACGAAAAGGCACGAGCACUUAAACAAAUUCUCAGUAAGAUCCCAGAUGAGAUCAAUGACAGAGUGAGGUUUCUGCAGACAAUCAAGGAUAUAGCUAGUGCAAUAAAAGAACUUCUUGAUACAGUGAACAGCGUCUUCAAGAAAUAUCAAUACCAGAACCGCAGGGCACUUGAACACCAAAAGAAAGAAUUUGUAAAGUACUCGAAAAGUUUCAGUGAUACUCUGAAAACCUAUUUUAAAGAUGGCAAGACUUCCCUGGUGGUGCAGUGGUUAAGAAUCUGUCUGCCAAUGCAGGGGACACAGGUUCGAGCCCUGGUCCGGGAAGAUCCCACAUGCCGCAGAGCAACUAAGCCCAUAUGCCACAACUACCUAGCCUGUGCUUUAGAGCCCAUGAGCCACAAUUACUGAGCCCAUGGGCCACAGCUACUGAAGCCUGCAUGCCUAGCGCUUGUGCUCCACAACAAGAGAACCCACUGCAAUGAGAAGCCCGCGCACCGCAAUGAAGAGUAGCCCCUGCUCGCCGCAACUAGAGAAAGCCUGCAUGCAGCAAUGAAGACCCAACGC